GGGGCAGCACUGUGGCUCGGGGUCCUGCUGCUCGGUUUCUUGAGUGAACGGUUGUUUGUUUCUUCACCGUCUCGUUAAUUAUUCCGUUAAACGGCUCACACCGACGUCACUACUCAUUUUAAUUUCUUACUUCAAAUCUUGAUUCAUCGUUUUAUAGAAAACUGGUUCAUUUUCAUCUGUACCUGCGUCACUGGAGUCAGGUGUGGUGUCCUGCUGUGGUUGAAUCAUGGAGUUGGCAUAUGUCUGUGAGUGGGACAGACGCCAGAGGACCACUCACUGUCCCUCCAUCCCACUGGUCUGCUCCUGGUCCUGCAGGAACCUGGUGGCCUUCACCACAGACCUGAAGAACCAUGACGACGACAAAGAUGUCAGUCACAUGAUCCACAUCAUUGACACUGAACACCCUUGGGAUGUUUACUCUAUAAACUCUGGACACACUGAGGUCAUUUCCUGUUUGGAGUGGGACCAAUCAGGUUCUCGACUGCUGUCUGCUGACGGAGACGGUCAGAUUAAAUGCUGGUCGAUGUCGGAUCACCUGGUGAACAGCUGGGAGAGCGCCCUGUGCAGCUCUCUGGACGGAGAUCCCAUCGUGGCCCUGACCUGGCUUCAUAACGGUGUUAAACUGGCCCUGCACGUGGAGAUGUCGGGUUCUACAAACUUCGGUGAGAAGUUCUCUCGGGUAAAGUUUUCUCCGUCUCUGACUCUGUUUGGCGGGAAGCCGAUGGAGGGCUGGUUGGCGGUGACGGUGAGCGGUUUAGUCACGGUGUCGCUGUUGAAGCCAGGCGGCGCUCUGCUGACGGCCAGCGAGAGUCUGUGUCGGUUGAGAGGACGGGUGGCAUUGGCCGACAUCGCCUUCACUGGAGGAGGGAACAUCGUAGUAGCUGCGACCGAUGGUAGCAGCUCAUCUCCAGUUCAGUUCUACAAGGUGGUGGUAAGCGUGGUGAGCGAGAAGUGUCGUAUCGACACCGAGCUGUUACCUUCCCUGUUCCUGCGCUGCACCACUGACCCGCUGAGGAGAGAGAAGUACCCCGCAGUGACCCACCUCAAGUUCCUCACCAGAGAGAACUCAGAACAGGUUCUCCUGUGUGCGUCCAAUCAGAGCGGCAGCAUCGUGGAGUGUUGGUCUCUGAGGAAGGAGGGACUUCCUGUCAACAACAUCUUCCAGCACCGCUCACCAGUUGUGGGGGAGAAGCAGCCUACCAUCCUGAAGUGGAGGAUCCUGACGACCACCAACGAUCUGGAGCGAGUGUCGUCCGUCGCCCUGCCCAAACUGCCCAUCUCCAUCUCCAACACCGACCUGAAGGUGGCGUCAGACACCAAGUUCUGCCCUGGACUCGGUCUGGCUCUGGCGUUUCAUGACGGCAGUAUUCAGAUCCUGCACCGUCUGUCCCUCCACACCAUGGGGGUUUACUACGGCUCCUCCUCCUCCAGUCAGAGACCCGGAGACGAGUCUGCCAUCAAACGUCAGAGAACUGGAGGCCCCGCCCUCCACUUCAAGGCCCUUCAGUUCUCCUGGACAUCCCUGGCUCUGGCUGGAGUUGACAAUCAGGGAAAGCUCCACAUGCUGCGGGUGUCGCCCUCUAUGGGUCAGGUGCUGGAGAUGAACACUACACUGCGCCACCUGCUGUUCCUGCUGGAGUACUGCAUGGUGACGGGUUACGAUUGGUGGGACGUCCUGCUUCACGUUCAACCCACCAUGGUCCACAACCUGGUGGAGAAACUGCACGAGGAGUACAUGAGGCAGAACCAGGCGCUGCAGCAGGUUCUGGCGACUCGUAUCGUGGCGGUGAAGGCGUCUCUCUGUAAACUGUCCACGGCUACGGCGGCUCGAGCUUGUGACUUUCACGCCAAACUGCUGCUGAUGGCGAUCAGCUCCACCUUAAAGUCACUGCUGCGUCCACACGUCCUCAACACGCCUGACAAGAGUCCCGGAGACCGUCUGACCGAGAUCUGCGCCAAGAACACAGACACAGAUAUUGAUAAGGUGAUGAUCAAUCUGAAGACGGAGGAGUUUGUGUUGGACGGCCCCCCCCUUCAGUCCCUGCAGCAGCUCAUCCAAUGGGUGGGAGACUUCGUCCUCUACCUUCUCGCCAACCUGCCGAACCAGGGCUCCAUGGUCCGGCCCGGUUUCGGCUUCAUGAGGGACGGGGCGUCUCUGGGGAUGCUGAGGGAGAUGUUGGUGAUGAUCCGGAUCUGGGGUCUGUUGAAGCCCGGCUGUCUGCCCACCUUCACCGCCACAUCCGACAACCAGGACAGCAUGCAGCUGCUGUUCAGACUGCUCACCAAGCUGUGGCUCUGCUCCCGGGACGACGGCCCCCCCCAGGACCCUGACGAGACUCUGAUAGACGAGUGCUGCCUGCUGCCCAGUCAGCUGCUGGUCCCCAGUAUGGACUGGCUCCCGGUGAACGACGGCGUCAUCGUGAAGCUGCAGGGGAAACACCCGCUCCGACUGCAGUUUGGAAAAGCUUCGUCUCUCGGAGGAGGAGGAGCCACGGCCCCGCUGGAUGUCUUCACCAGGACUCCUGGCUCUCAGAAGAUGGAUAACCUCCGCUGUGUUCAUAUGGGAGUUUGUCCCACUGAGGAGAGUAAAGCCUGUACCAGGUGUGGCUGUGUGACGAUGCUGCGUUCUCCCAACAAGACAAAUGCCAUGAAGCAGUGGGAGCAGCGCUGGAUCAAAAACUGUCUGUGUGGAGGUCUCUGGAGGAGGAUCCCCCCGGCACCGCUCACCUGAUCACACUUGGACUCACCUGAUCAGGCCUGAACUCACCUGAUCAGACCUGGACUCACCUGAUCAGACCUGGACUCACCUGGACUCACCUGGACUCACCUUAUCAGACCUGGACUCACCUGAUCAGACCUGGACUCACCUGGACUCACCUCAUCAGACCUGGACUCACCUGGACUCACCUGAUCAGACCUGGACUCACCUGAUCAGACCUGGACUCACCUGGACUCACCUGAUCAGACCUGGACUCACCUGGACUCACCUGGACUCACCUUAUCAGACCUGGACUCACCUGAUCAGACCUGGACUCACCUCAUCAGACCUGGACUCACCUGGACUCACCUUAUCAGACCUGGACUCACCUGAUCAGACCUGGACUCACCUGGACUCACCUUAUCAGACCUGCACUCACCUGAUCUCACCUGAUCACACCUGAUCUCGCCUGGAGGUUUCAAGGUGAGCAGGUGAACACCAGGUGGAGAUCAGGUCUGAAUAUAAACUUUGUUUCUGCUCCAUUACAUCAACUGGUCUGAACUGGACCAGAAACCAGACUUUAGAAACCUGUUUUUAUUUUUUAUACGCUCAGUGUUAGGCUGUAAAUAAAUUGUUUCUGCAAUAAAACUGUGGAUGAACUUG